AUGGCGCAGCACGGGCCGAGCGUCACGCUGUCCCUCACGCUGCCCAUCACCUGCCACAUCUGCCUGGGGAAGGUCCGUCACCCAGUCAUCUGUGUCAACAACCAUGUCUUCUGUUCCAUUUGUAUUGAAGUGUGGCUGAAGAACAAUAAUCAGUGUCCAGCUUGCAGGAUUCCUAUCACGCCUGAAAAUCCUUGCAAGGAAAUUAUAGGAGGAACGAGUGAAGGUGAUCCUAUAUUUAGUCCGACAGUCAGAAAACACCUACGUAAAACAAGGCUUGAAUUACUCCACAAAGAAUAUGAGGAUGAAAUAGAAUCCCUGCAAAAAGAAGUGGAAGAUCUGAGAGGUAAAAAUCUCAGUUUACAGACACAGCUGAAAUCUCUUCUGGAUCCCACGGCAUCAGCUUUAUCUUGCCAAAAUGAGGAAACUAGCCAGUCAGCAGAUGAAGCAAGUACCAGUGGCCCAGAAACCCCAGAGGAAUGGAGCAGAAAGCUGAAAGCUGCCAAUGAUAUAUAUGAAAAAGUGAUGGAUAAUGUGGAAAAGUUAAAGGAGGCAAAUAAGAAACUGAGCAUGGAAAACAAUAGCCUUUUAAGAGAGAAUUUGCGACUAAAAGCUGAAGUUGAUAGUAGAUCACCCCAAAAGUUUGGUAGGUUUACAGUAGCUGCACUUCAGUCCAAAGUAGAACAAAGCGAACGUGAAAUGAACCGUCUGAAAAAGGCACUGGAAAGAAGUGAUAAAUACAUAGAAGAAAUGGAGUGUCAGCUUUUACAGCUGAAAAACGCAGGCGAAGGAACCCUGACAGUGAGUGCUGUUAGUGAGAGUGCGCUUUCCACAGAUGCUAAAGGAGCUGAGAGCAGUGAAGAUACAACAUGUUUGAAAACCCAAGUUGAGGAGAAAAAAGCUUUGACUACCAGUCAAAGUCCUGACAGUCUUGAACAGCUGACAAGUGGUGGAACUUGUUUAAGCUCUUCUAGUCAAGAUGGUUCAAAUGGCUCAAAUAGCCAGUGUGCCCCGAAGAAAGAACUAUUUCCAGUUUGUCAGGGGGUUCUCCUAGAUGAAAAUACUACCAAUAUGGAUGCCUGCUUAGAAGAGCAGUGGAAUAAAAUUGAGGAAUGUACCCCAUAUAAGGAUGAAGAACUUUAUGAUCUUCCACCACCUUGCACUCCUUUUCUGUCUCUCAGUCGCCUUCAGUUGAACACUCCUGAUGGAAAAGAAAAUGCAAGGAAACCAUCAACAUUCCUGAGAAAACUGAAAUUUGAAGAGUUUUGUGACACUUCAGAUGACUGCAGCAAAGAUUCGCCAGAGCACAGCACAAGCAGCUGUAAUAGCGCAAAGAAGCUAAACUGUUUUACUACAGGAAAAUCAGGUUUUUGGGGGACCUGCCCAACAAAUUUUGCUGAGAACUUAGAUUUUGAUGAAUCAGAGCAAAAUUCAGUAGCUGGUCAGUCAGAUGAGACAUCAACAAAAGCCAGUGAUAAAACGAGUUCUUGCUUACCAAAAAGGUUACAUACUCUCUGCUCUUCCGAAAUGAAUCGCACAAGAACCUCCAGUGAAGCGUCUAUGGAUGCUGCCUACCUCGAUAAAAUUUCCGAGUUGGACUCAAUGAUGUCCGAGUCAGACAACAGCAAAAGUCCAUGUUAUAAUUUCAAGUCCUCCGAUCUUGAUAAUUCUUCAAAGUCAACAGAGUGCUCUAAGCUUCUGAAUGAAACUGAGAAGAAACUGGAAGAGAUGAGUGAGGAACAGAGUAUGAAGUGUCCAGAGACAAGCGAUCUAGCAGUUGAUAGAACUGGCUGGAAGUCUGCUAUGUUUUCUAUCCUCUCCCCAUCUGAGCUAGAUAUGAAUGACCACUUUCCGCUGUUUACAGGCCAAAACACAGUGGCUAGUGAUACCAAACCUCCAAACUGUUUAUUUCAAAGAGACUUUUCCCAGAGUUUACUAUUCAAUAACUCACAAAGGUUGUUUGAGGAACAAAAGUUUGGUUCCUGCUUUUUAAAGAUGUCGUCUGACCUGCACAAUCAGCUUAAUCCUCCUUGGGUGUCUUCCUUUAUAGCUGAAAGGAAAAAUAAAAAUGUCAGUCAGUCAACCAAGAGGAAAAUUCAAAGCAGCCUUUCCAGUGCUAGUCCGUCAAAAACCACCAAAAACUGACUCUGCUUGGAAAUUGAACAUGACUGAAAGUCAUCAACCUGCAAAUGUUUAAUAUUUACAAGUGAACUUAAUUUUUAAUGACUUCCAUGCAAUCUGAUCCUGUCUUUUUCGACUAUGUGAAAACUGAACUUUCCCUUGCCCAUUGCAAGCUCUUUCCUAGGGAAGAACCAUUCCAGAUUCUUUUCUUUGGCUGGACAUUUUGUUUACUUGGGGGUUUGGUUUUGGGGUUUUUUUAAGUUUUCAAGUUACAUGAUCUUCCAGUUGUGAGCACAGGUAAUGGCUCCCGUGAGCAGGACAGUUUUAAGUGGUCUUGUCAAAUCAGUCAUUUAUGUAAGAA